AUGCAACGCUCUGGCCUACGUGAGAUACGCGAACUUUCAACACGUGGUGAGAUAAAUGUCACAAUCAGCGAUAAGGGAGGAGAGUUUGUGGUCAUAUUACGUGAACUAGACAUGGCCAUCACUCGAAAACAUCUGGAUGACGCUACAUUCUACCACUCUUCGUCACAUGAAGAGUUCGUAAAACAAAGUCGCCAUUUCAAUGAAGUUAGGGUAGAGAUCGAAAGGACUGCGGGGUUACAUAAAACAAUGAUCACAAGGCUGAAAUACGAACUUCCUACUUGA